AAAUGCACCUUAAGUUGGAUGCCACCCGCCAUUUAAACAGAAAAAGAAGAAGAAGACGACAACAACACAGCUGAGAUGCUAACGGAAGCUAGACAAUAACUCUUAGCUGGGCUCAAAAAGCUAAAGUCUCUGUUACUCCAUAUGAAGGAUACAUUGUAAAAUAUUACUGAGCGACACUUCUUAUGUGACUCCGGCUGUUGUUAGCAGAUGAUCGCAUUAGGAUCGUAAAGCUAAGUGAACCUUUCAAGGACCGUCUCUCGUCUUUCUGAGAUGGACGUGAGCAUUGCUGUGUCCCUGAUCCGGGGCCAGAUGGGUGCAGUUGUGGAGCGAGCCGUAAACACAGCAGUGGAGACAGUGCUGGCUGAGAUGCUCAAAGUUGUUGGCGUCAAGUUUGAAGAGCUGAAAUCUCAGGUGGUCCUGAUGAAGAGGGAUGUGGUGGCACUUCAGAGGGAGAAAGCCCUGAAGGAGAAGGAGAACGACAACAUCAGAGCCAAGCUGCGCUACACUGAGCUGAAGCUCAAGUACUACCGGCAGGGGGUGGAAGAGGAACUGCAGCAGAGAGCUUCUGCUCCCUCUCUGAUCCGCAUUCAACCUUCCACCUUCACCCUGAUGCAAAAGGGUGAGGCCAGCAACUCACCCACUGAACCCUCAGCUCAGAGAACUGCUGCAGGAACACUGCUGAGGAGUAGCCAAGAAUGCACCUCUCCAGAAAUAUCUUGCAGAAAAGGAGUCAGGGGUCACUGUUCUUCAGGUGUGGGGUGUUCAGACUCAUCCGAACUUCUGUCCUUCAGGCUUGCUGUGGACACUCCUCCAGAGUCUACAGACAGCAAUGCAGGGUUUUUUUGUCGGUCUGAGCCUGAUGGAUCUCUCGGGACUGGUGUAGAACAGGAGAACGAGUGGACCAUCUCAGAUGGUGCUGAUGAUGACCAGACCUCUUCACCUGUACAGCCUCCAUCCGAAGGUGCUGCUCAACAUCCAGCACCCGUCCCUCAGUCUUACGAUGCCUCUGCUCAGGCAGACAGUAUCAUGCUGCCCCCUUCUGCCCCAAAGGUGAAGCAAGAGGAGGAAGAGGAGGUGAUCUGUAUCAAAGAAGAGCCUGAGGAGGAGCAAGAGGUGGUGCGCUCUCUGCUGCUGGACUGCCAAGCGGAGCAGAGUUGUGCUUCGGGGUCAGAGGUUAACAGCCUGGAAACAGAGCCGUCUAGACCUCCAGCUGGCCUGAUGAACUCUGGUCCUACUUUCAGUUCUGCAGGAUCCGGCAUCUAUACGCUGCCACAGCUGACUGGCUUGUUCCCGUCCUCCGUAGUCCUGCCUUCUGGUAUCCAGGCUCGACAGGCAACAAGGUCCUGGUCCAAGGACCUCAGCCUGUAUGAGGAGUAUAAACUGCGGAGAACUGAGCUGCGGCAUCGAAACCUGAGCAGACGCAGGGAGUUGGAGAAAGCUCUGCCUCAGCCUCUUCUGGCAGAUCUGGUCCGUGAGCGUCGAGAGAAGACCAGACUCAGAGUGGCCCGGUGGAGGGCCAAGAGGAAACUCCAGGCCUGCCUGAACCAGAAUCAGGUCCAUGAUGGUACCGCUGGAUUGUCUCAGGCCAGUUUUCCUGCCAACAGUCUGCCCCAGCAGCUCAGAGCACCCUGUGCUUCCACCUCCAGCAGCCACCAGAGGGAGAACUCAGCAGCUCCUCAGUCCAGCAGCUACCUCAGCAACAUCUCAGCCAACAGCACCGUCCCUGUUCUGCAUCUAAUACCCUCCUCCCAGUCUCAGCAUGGACCUGACAUGGCUCCUCAUGAGCAUGCAGUGACAUCAUCCUGCUCCUAUCCACGGAUCAGCCAAUCACUGCAGGGAAUCUCUCACAGUGAAUUUCCAACAGAACUUCCUCCAGGCUCGACAGAGCUCAGAAGAUAAAUAUUUCAUUGUCUCUGUCACACACACACACUUUAUUGUGGUCUGUACCAAAAGACCGCUACAUGCUAAUUAGCUUCACAGAUACAUUGUACUGAAUCACUUCACAAGUUACUGAAGUUUUCUGAAUGCAGCUCAUUUGAGUUGUGUGUUUUUAUUGGGUUUAACCACCAUCAUCAUGCCUGUGUGAUGUUUCUGCCUUUGCUGUCAUCUUCCUCGUGUGGUUCUUUUGCCACCACUCAUGUGAUCAUCCUCAACUUUUUGUGCAGCACUCACAGUUGGAUUAAACAUGCAUGACAGAUGGAAUCCUGACAUUUUUCUCUGUGGAAAUAAUUUCAGCAACAUUAAAGACUGUUUUUGACUUUCA